UAUGGAAGAGUAUCAUUUUCAGUUACAGGAAGAGGAAAGGCCACUUUUGGAGCUGAAAUGAAACGAAAACGAAAGUUUCCUGGCACAUAUGCCUGCUGAGAAGGAGCACUCAAACCAGAGAAAAUAAUAAUAAUAAAAAAAGAUGUCAGUCACUUUCUAUGGUUGGGAAGUGGACUACGAUGAGGAUCACCACCUCAGAGCGGAACAAGCGGCCAAAUCUGGCAGGCAUUACACCAUGUACCACGGCACCAAUGUCCAAGCAGCGCGCCAUAUCAUCCAACAUGGCUUCCGUCAGUCCCAAGAUGGGAUGUUGGGGCCUGGGGUUUACGUGAGCCGCAACCAGAAGAAAGCCGAGCGCUACCCUCUGAACUCCCACGUCACCGAUCGCGUGGUCUUGAAGCUGAGCGUCGACUGUGGAAAAGUCAAGAGAAUUGACAAGGAUAACCACCCUAUGCAGAAGACCUGGCAUAGUAAUGGCUACGACACGGCCUGGGUGCCACCCAGAUGUGGUAUGAAGGCUGUUCCCAGUGGCCUGGAGGAAGACUGCGUGUGGGACCCCAAACGCAUUGAGGUGACCGAUAUCGGGUUGGCACCCAGCACCACCAUUUUGAAUGAGCUCAAACAGUUACUCGCCCAGAAAUCCCCGCAAGCCGCCGCUGCUGCCGCCAACCCGCAAGUGUGCCAGCUGUGCAAGUGGAAAAUAGUUCCCGAGCAUAAUGUUCAGACCUGCUGGGGCUGUGGGGAAACCAUCUGCACGCUGAUGACCAAACACAAGUGCAAUCAAUGGGGCUAGGAAGUCCGAACCAGAGUACGAUGAUAGAACAACAUAGCAAUAUAUAUAGUGAUAUAUUCAUUCAUUCAUCUUCAGUAAGCACUUUAUCCUGGUCAGGGCCUCGGUGGAUCCGGAGCCAAUCCCAGGAACACUGACGGAUAUACCCUGGUUCAUCGCUGGUCAUAUAAUGAUUUUUUUUUUUAUCAAGGGCACAUCCUCUUAAAGCAACCUGGGAAACCAAACAUCUCUAGGGAAUGGGGGGAAUUGUGGAUUUUUAACCUGUCCAUUUUAUUCUAGCACUUUUGUUAAUUAGAUAAUUGAAUAUGUCUUAGUACCCUAGUCUUUUAGGUGGUUUAAUAUCACCCUCUUUUUAAAUAUGAAGAUGUUCAUAUGGUGUUAUGCUGAAAACUGUGCUUUUUGGGUGCCACUAUUAGGUUGUUCCACUACGGAGGUAAUUUCCUGUCAGAAAUUAUUGUUAUUGUAUUAUGUUAUUGAGUUAUUGUGUUAUGCAACUUUCUGAUUGUAUGAAUCACAAAUCUAUAGUCACUUUCGUAAAUCUGCCCCUUGACUUGCAACUCGAUUUGACUUUAUGACCUUAAAGGACUUUUUUUGUUUGUUAUUUUAACCCCACCCCCUCCGGCUCUUUUCAUCGAGCCAGCUCACCACUCGCCACUGGACAAAAUCUGCGAAAUUUCGACUGGGAAAGUCACGUUUCAAAGCUAUAAAUGAAAGUUUUAUUUCAUUUAACGAACAAAAGUAUCGUCACACCGAAGAUGAAUAAAUUCACAGUAAUAAACAGCUUGAGAAGAGCUUUCUAUGGAAGCAUCUAUGGACACUUUCAAUGUUUUACCGGACAGAUGUUUCACUCAAAAAUCCUUCCGUAAUCAUGUGCUGCAAUGCCACAAGACACAAUGCCAAAGUACAAUGAAAUGUUCACUCUUGUGAAUUUAAACAAAGAUACCAGGAAGGAACUCAGGUUCAUUCAAACUGCACAACCUCUAUUGCACAUUAGCCUUUAGAACCCAUAUUGAUAUCUAUGCAAAUUUGUUUACAUCACAUUUGUUCUGUGUAUCUCUGGGAUAAUAUAAAGUUAUAUGACUUGUAAGGUGACAUCUGCAUACAUGGACAAUGGAAAUAUUAUAUUUUUUAUAAUAGUUUUAGAGAAUUUUUCUUCCAUUCACUGCCUUGUUAUAUCUUGCCAUGAAAUAGUGAUAAUCCUAGUCUUAUAUCGACAAUCUUUUUUUUUUUUCUUUCCCAAAACUGAGCUCCUAUUUAUCAGGUUUUAGUGUUGACUGUUAAAUGCAAUGGAUUUGAUCUCCCUUCAUGAACUAAAUAAAACAAUAUUGGAAAAAUA